CCCGCGCAUUCUCAAGAUGCAAGCAAUGACACGGAUGACGAGGAAGAUUCAGCCGAUCAGUGCACGAUCGUCACUAAACUCUAUGAAGAACUCGGUGGCACGAAUUGGGAUAACCAAAACGGUUGGACAAAUGCCAGCUCACAAACUAAGCAAGGUUCAGGAGAUUGUUGUGGAAACUUUGGAUUGAACUGUGAUCCGCAAGACAGGAUUGUCUCGAUUGACUUGGCUUCCAACGGAUUGGUGGGAGGCAUACCAGCCGCUAUCUUUGGACUUGGUUCAUUGAUCAGGCUAAACUUAUCGUCGAAUUCUUUGGUCGGACCACUCCCUGAUAAAUUUCAAAAACUUCUAAACCUGACGACGCUUCUACUGAAUUCUACAGGCCUCAGUGACGAACUGCCGAUAUCACUUCAGCAAUCACCGAAUUUGGUUUCCGUCCAUCUGUCGAAUAACAGCUUUUCAGGAAAUGUUUCUUUCCCUAUGGCUACUGGCCUGACUCAACUCGAUUUGUCCCGUAACAAGUUCUCGGGUUCAAUCAAUUUGACUUCAAAUGCGAAUAUCGAAAAGCUAGUCUUGGAUGAUAAUUUAUUCACAGGCGAAUUACCGGACCUUUCUACAUUGCCGAAGCUGCAAAUCAUGAGCGUUGCUCGCAAUCAGUUUAGUGGUCUACCCCCAAACCUUGCGCAACCACCACCUGGACUCAUCCGACUAGAUUUCCAAUCAAAUUCGCUUGUGGGACCAUUCCUUGACCCGAUCAAUGCGACAUCUCUGCAAACACUAUCCAUGAAAGGCAACACUUUCACGGGUUCAUUUCCAAGCUCUCCGGCACCUCCCGCUUUAACGUUCUGUCAGCUUGAUCAUAUUCCAAACUCGAGUUGCCCACCUUCAAACGUUUUGAAUCAAGAUAAUAGCUUGGCCAAGAAGUGUCAAUUAGUAUGUGGAAAACGUGGUGGAGUUCCGAAUAUUGGACGUGAAACUCCUAAAGAAGCUUCAAAUGCCAAUCCACAUACCGUCUCUAGCUCAGGUUAUACUCCGGUCACUCCGAUAAUGAACUGCUUCACAAUUAUCAUCUUAUCUCUUCUGUGGUAUACUCAAUUUUAAUCAAAAUCUUCACAUUCUUGAAUUGGACUUGGUCGCAUAUCAAUUCCAAGACAUCAUCGUAGUCCACCGAUUCCAAUGCCUAUUUGACAAAAACUUGCAAAAACGUUCAUAGGUUUCAGUUUUGUAUCCUAUCUGACAAGAACUUUCAAAGUGCCAUAAAUAGUGCGCGAAGAACCUAUGUAGACUUUAGUAGUAUGAAAUAACAAUUAAUAUUUGGAGAUUCGAAUCCUAUCUCUGCUUAGUGCACCCAUAUAAUUAAUCCUCAGACUCAGUAAUAUCUUUGAAGAAUUCGUUACGCCUUCGAACAGUGCGAGGAAGGAUUGUUGGAUGACCAUAUUGUCAUUGACCUUUUAUCUUGGUUAUUCAUAACAGCUGCACGUCAUCAGCAGAGGACAAAAUUCCUGAUUUCAAUCAUCUUACCA